AUGUUUUCUGUGAAUGAUCAGCAUAGUAAGACAAAACGGAGCCAAAUGAAUCGCAUGUGCAACGCGCAAUCGAUGAAUUUGACAAGACAUCUUCAAAAUCCCGCUGAUGAUGGCGAUUGGCUGAAUUUGACGCAAACGCAAAAGCUCACCAAUUUCAUGGCGAACAUGGGUGUUGGCGGUGUGGCGCCGCCGCAUUAUGACUAUCUUCGUGGAAGGCCGAAUCCAUCCGUCAACAGUCCGAUGAUGUUCUCGCAUCUGCAAAAAAUGGCGAUGCUGCGCGAGCUCACCGAUCAAGGUCAUUUCUUCAGAUCGACUGGUGGAUUCGCGGAAUCCGAGAUUGACCAAAACAUUUGGAGGCAUGAGAGCCCACGCCAAGAUCACAUGUUCGCGUUUCCGACGCCAACCGCUAGCCAAUCGACGUCUCGAAUGACGGUCGCCAGUCAUUAUUCGCAUCGCUCGCCGCGCGAAUUCGAUUUCGCCGAUGGCGGUGCUCAACAAUUCACGUUCAAUGAUUUCGAAAGACUAUCGAACGCGAAGCACCAACAAGCUGAUUUCCAUCAUUCCUACGCCGACAUUGAACAGGUCAUGGAGGAUAUUCGGAAAGAGGCGGUGUUGGAUCAUAGAUCGGUCUCGGCGACGGAAUUCGAUCAAAUUUUCACGGCUGAUGACGUCCACAAUUUGGUGAAGAACAAUCGCGAUCCGCGGAAGCUUCGAACCGUCUCGAACAAGGUUUUCGUUGGCGGCAUCAGCCACAACAUGGAGCGCUCGAAAAUCAACAAGUUCUUCGCCCAAUUUGGCAACGUCUUCGUCGAUUGGCCGACGAAACAAGCAAAAGUCAAUGCGCGUGGAAAAACGAUUCAAUCGACGUCAUAUUCAUACCUGUUCUUGGUUUACUCCGACGAGGAGUCCGUUCUGAAUCUAAUGAAGCAUUGUCAUAGUCCGCCGACGAAUGAUUUCUUUGUGCAAAUUCCUGGAUGCCAAGAGAAUAUGAUUCAAAUUCGUCCAUGGUUCCUCAGAAAUGCCUUUUAUGUCCAUCCGGAUGCUGAAAAUAAGAAGGUGAUCGACAUCCAUCGUACCGUUUUUGUUGGAGGCCUUCCGCGUAUUGUUACCGCAGCGGAGAUUGCCAAAAUGCUCAGCGAAUUUGGAAAAGUUCUUCUCGUCACUAUCGAUAUUGAUCAGGACUAUGGAUAUCCCAAGGGCGCCGCGCGAGUUGCGUUUGCCACAAAUUCAGCAUUCAAUAGCGCAUUAGAAAAGCGUUAUCUUAAAUUCGCCAAUAUCGAUUCAAGCAAAACGACAAUUGAAAUCAAGCCAUACGUCAUAGAAGACGUCGGGUGCGAUCAAUGCGGCGGACUCUGGUUCAAUCCAUUCUUGGACAUAAUGGAGUAUUUGGAAGAAGCUUAUAAGGAAGCGAAGAUUGCAAAAAAUCCAUUCAACAUUUGGUCAAACGAAUCACUAUUCCACAAUUCGCAUCAGCAACGUUUGAAGGACAUCGAAUCGAGCAGCUUCUUCGAAUUGCCCAAUAUGACGCAAGAAAAUGAGGCGAUUGUCGCCGGCGCGAAUUUGUUUUAUAGUGUCGCCAAGAAAUUCGACUUGACUGAAAAGAAAACAUUCAAUUUCAAUGGAAAAUUGAUACCGAUUGGUCCAACACUUUGGAAUAUGUUCCUGCCAGUGCCAAAAAUGGAAGCGCCGUCGUCAGAAAUGCUAUCUCUCGAUUCUCAAGUUCAAGCUCAUUUGAAAAUGAAGCGUCAUGGUGUGUACAGCAAUAAGAGCCUUUAUUGUAAAGAUAAGCCAUGCCGCCAAUAUUAUUGCUCGUCUUGCUCUCAUAAGCUUCAUUAUCAACGAAGCUCAUCUGAAAUUCACCAACUGCUUCCCGUCAAGAAGCCCGAGCGUCGUCCGCGCAAAGACAAAAACAUGUACCUUGUUCGCCAGCAAUAA